GAUGGACGACUUCAACCCAAGUCUACAGAAACUUGUCUCACUGGGAAACAGCUACGUCCAUGCUUUCCAGGAUCUGGCAGUAACCAGUGAGGCCUACUUCGGUGCACUUUCAAAGAUUGGGGAGAGGGCUUUCCACACCAUAUCCUCACGCUCCCUAGGGGAUGUCCUGAUUCAGAUCUCUGAGAGCCAAAGAAGAAUCACUGUGGAGUUGGAUGGAGUAUUCCGCUGGUUCUCUAUGGAGGUUCUUCGGGAGAUGGACAACAACAUUAGAAAGGACAGAACUUACAUAUCAGUGAGCAAUCUGGUCUUCUAA